UUUUACGAUUAUUUCAGUCCGUUCUCAUUGACAUCUUAGCGGAACAAAAUCUCGGCUAGAUUAACAACUAUUUUGUACUGUAGCCGUAGAAAAUCCUCACAGAUGACAAGCACAAAUACGAUAUUCACCAUCUUGCUGUUUUUGAACACGUUCGUGUGGACUAGCGGAAACAAACAGUUUCACAAAGCCAAACGAUCGACGGCACAUGGCCACGACCUACACAAGGAUCACGUGAUAUUCCUUGGGGAGGAAGCCGCUCGUGAGUUUUACGGAUUAACACAGAAGGAGUCAAUAAGAAGACUUCGAAUGCUUGUACCUCGUAUUGACAUAAAUAAGGAUGGAUAUGUAGACGAUAAUGAAUUAACUAUAUGGAUACGUCACAAGUUACAACCUUGGACAGUCCACGAGGAUAUUGAUGCAAUAUUCCAUGAUAUUGAUGCUGAUUAUGAUAAUCAGAUUACUUGGGAUGAGUACAUGAAAAAUAUUUUUGGGUUUAUUGAAAGUGAGAAGGACAAGAAGUGGAGCAGAGAAAAUUUGUAUAAAUACAUAGAAGAUGAUCGUUUAAAGUGGAAGUAUGCGGACAAAAAUGAUGACAAAAAUCUGACAAGAGAGGAAUUUGAAUUCUUUCACCACCCACGAGAACACGAAGCGAUGAGCGAAUACAUUGCUGUGCUUGAAAUGAACGAACAUGAUAAAGAUAAGGAUGGAUUUCUAUCUUUGAAGGAAUAUCUUGACUCCAUUAAUUCACCAGCGUUUGCCGCCCUGGAUAUGAAAAAUUUUUACGAAAUUUUUGACCUUAAUCACGAUGGCAAACUCGACUUGAUGGAAAUUGAAAUAAUGAAGAAACCUAAAAGUUACGAUAAAGCCGAAGAUGAAGCUAUACAUCUUAUGGAAUAUGCGGAUGGAAAUGGGGACGGCAAGCUUGGUGUGGAAGAGUUCGCUGCAAAUUAUCAUAUAUUUGUUGGUAGUUACGGUACACGUUUUGGCCAAGUUUUGCAUGACGAAUUUUAAAUUAGUAAAGAAUUAUUAAUCAAAAUAAAGA